AAGGUGCAAUUUCUGUUUCUUAUACAACGCUUAUAAAUGUAUAAAAGAAAAGGAAGGUAAAUAACACUUAAAGAGACACCCAUCCAUAAUAUAAUAUAAUAUGAUAUCUGAAGGAUCAUCAAUGUCUCAACCGCUUACAAUGGAUUAACUUUUUUUGCUGCUGCAGUUAACAUUUUCAGGAGGUAUCCGACAUUUCCUUCUCUUAUUUCUGGUAUAGUUGACUUUCAUGUCAAAGGGGUUUGAUUCCCAUUAAGCUGUUGCAUGAUUCUCCAAAAUACCCAGGAUAUACUAAAUGAGGUGCAUGUCUUAUAUUUGUAUUUCUCAUACAUCACUAUGAACAUUAUAAUAGGAUUUAUCCUGGUAAUAAGCCGAAAGUCCUAAUGAACCUAACACAGCUCUUCCAUUUGAAAUUCAAUGAUUUUUGGAAGAAAAGGACAUUCUGUGAUGACUAAGUGGUUUUUUUUUUUGUAGCUUGACAGUUUUGGGUCUCCAGCUGAAUAACUCUCAAAUCAAAACACUCUUCUUUUCCACUGACCUCUGUAGGUAAGCAAAUAGCUUGACUGAAACUCCUGGUGUCAGGGAUUCCUUGUUAGUCAUCAGCUAAUCUCUCACUCUGAGGAUCCAAAACAUUGUAGGUCAGCAGUCAGGGGAACAGAGCACCUUGUUUUUGCCAUCUUAUCUAACGGCUCCAUAUUUACACCCAAAACACUGCAGUCAAGCAAAGAGUGCACAUACACACACACACACAUGAAAGUCAAACUGAGAAGGCAGUUGGACAGGAAAAAGUGAAACACAGUUGAUAACAAAACCGUCCUGUACUUGCUCCUCCAAGGAUCUUUGGAAACUAAACUCUUAGACGGAGGUGGUGUAAAUCAUUCUGCUGACUGCAGCAGGUUGGAUCAGAGCCAUACUGAGAGAGUAAAAGUGGAUGGACAGUUCAGGUAUGUCUCGACGGGCAGUCCAGGUCCAGCCGGAGAGCAGGGUUCAUGAGGCAGGUCAGUGGAGCACCGGCCUGUGUGAGUGCCAUAAAGACAUAGGGGACUGCUGCUUUGCCCUGUGCUGCCUCCCAGUAUUCACUUGCAAGGUGACCAGUGCGGUGGGGGCGUGUCCCUGCCUGCCUCUGCUGGACUGUAUUGGCUGUGUGCCGCCGGCCUCUCUCGCAAUGAGGGCUUCUGUCAGGGAACGAUAUGGUAUACAGGGGAGUGUGUGGAGCGACUGCCUGUACGGAUGCUGCUGCUAUCCACUAUCCUGGCUCCAGAUCUCAAGAGAGCUGAAAAGGAGAGCAGCUUCCCACGCCUCCUCCUCCUCCUCCUCAUCGGCCAGAUACACGGCUCUGACCCCCCUGCAGGGGGCGCACUUGGUCUAGACACAU